GGUCUUCUUUGUCUGGGCCUCUGAUGCGCUCUUGGAUUUCACGCCGCCCAUUCUGUGUCCGCGCUGCACUUCAGCGCUAAUAUUCUCCUCGCAAGCUCUCAGAAGACAACACCAUGGUCUCCUUGGGCAUGCAGAUGGCCGGCUGCGUCCUGGCUCUUUUCGGCUGGAUCGGUGUGCUGAUCGUGUGCGGCUCGCCCAUGUGGAGGGUGACCGCCUUUAUCGGCAGCAACAUCAUCACGUCUCAGACCAUAUGGGAAGGUCUGUGGAUGACCUGCGUGGUCCAGAGCACGGGACAGAUGCAGUGUAAGGUCUACGACUCCAUGCUGGCCCUCACCACUGACCUUCAGGCCGCCCGGGCUCUGGUGAUGGUCUCAAUCUUAGUCGGCGUGGUGGGACUACUAGUCGCCUUUGCCAGCGGGAAGUGCACCAGCUUCAUUUCAGAUGAACGUGCCAAGGCGAGGGCAUCUGUAGCCGGCGGAGUCCUGCUGAUCAUCAGCGGAUUGUUGUGCAUUAUUCCCGUGUCCUGGACCGCCAGCAUCAUCAUCAGAGACUUCUACAACCCUUCCUUAGUGGACGCCCAGAGGAGGGAGCUGGGGUCCUCCCUUUACAUCGGAUGGGGGGCGGGAGGGCUGCUGCUGCUGGCAGGGGCCCUCCUGUGCGCCAGCUGCGUCCCCAAGAGGAAUGAGGCAACCGAUUACCCUCUGAACAGGUCCAUGAGAGAAUACAGUCCACCUUACUCGAUGGGCUCGUACACGCCGACAAAGACUUACAUUUGAGCUCCCGGAGACGCAGACAAUACAAAACGGACAAUGAAGGACUUUUAGUCCACAAGCAGGACUUUUAUUUAUGAUUGAACGGAUGAUGAUGCUUCCGCCUGACAUGAUGUUACUUAUCUUAAAACAUAUAUCCUUAACUUUUGUUCCAGGAAACUCAAACCAUAUUCUUUCCACGGUAUAAUGUGUUUAUCAGGCAUGAUUUUAUCAGAAUAAAUAAUCUCACGCAGGUUCUCAUCUAUUUUGAAACAUUUCCCCUCGGGUUAUUUGAACUGCACGCAGGGUAGAACCUGUUUGUCAGCUCCUGGCUCAGGGAUCACGAUCCCCUUUAGGAACAAACUGAAUGAUGACUCAGGCACUCACAAUGUCUGAAAAACAUUCCCUUAUUUCACAGUUCUGAUGUUAGUUUCACUAAAGGCACUUUUUUUACACUGACUUUUUGUUGAUCCUGACAACUUUCAGUUAUAUUUCCAUCAUUCAUUGCAUACUGUACAUCUGAUAUCAAGGUGUUGGUUGGAGAUACUUAAGCUUUACUGUAUGUAUUUAGCGCCCUCUAGUGGCAAUUUUUGUCAAUUCCAGCACAAACCUAAUACAUGUUGAGAGUUACAGUAUGUUGUGUAAAAUAACCGAGUGGACAGAAGGAUAUUUUGGAAUGCUGCUUAUAACAGUUACAAAAAAAGAGCCAAUUAAAGUGUAAUUAUUUUAUUUCAUGAAUUUAGUCCCCUGUAAUGAUGGGUCGGAUCAGUUCAAUUAGUAAACAUUUUCAGUGUUUUCCACAGAUCUAUUUGAGGUGGUCGGAGAUUGACCUGGGCAGUGUCAGUAUGACACAAUGGUAUAAUUUGCAUAAUUCCUUAUUGUCAGGUUCAAACACUGAUGACAUCUAUUAAACAAGACAAGAAGCAAAUAAUUAAACAGAAACAGAACUAAA